AUGGCAAGCAAUGAUGGGAAGAGUUUUAACCCACGGAAGUGGUACAGGCGUGUCCCCUUUCUGUCACAAAAGCCAAUACGGAAGAAGCUUACCGAAAGGCACCAGAAGACACGUCUGGCCUCUUUAUUCAACACCGAGAGCGGCACAGACAUCACCAACGAUGCACACGGCGAUUUCUGUACAGUUACCCCGGAAGUACGAGCUAAUUUUCUUUCCAUUAUUACUUUCAACUGGUUGGGCACACUCUUACGGACGGGCUAUUCCCGACCGCUUCAAGCGGACGACCUUUAUGAUCUACCGGACUCCUGUCUCGCCGUCAACCACGCAGAUCGGCUUGAGCAAGCAUGGACGGCACGCCUGGAAGCAAACAAAGGCCGGAAACCGGCGGGACGAUGGUUUGCGUGGCGGCCUUUCUGGGCACGACGUACGUCAAAUGCCACAGUUCUUGCUCUGGCUCUCAACGACGUCUGUUUCCGGCGUUUUUGGACAGGCGGCAUGUUAAGGAUGCUAGGUGACUCGAUGCAGAUGAUCUCACCACUGCUCAUCCGCUAUUUCAUUCAGGCCCUAGAUGACCCAUCCAAACGAGCAUACGACGCCGGAUUUGGCUAUGCCGUGGGUCUUUUCGCUGUCCUUGCCUUCUCUGUUGUGACGAACAUCCAUGGAUUCUAUCGAGCAGCUACUACCGGCAUCCUGCUCCGAGCGGCUUUGAUACAUGUCAUUUACCGCCGAGCCACGACACAAUUGACACAAGAAGCAAAGCUACGCGGAAAUUUUGCGACCGGGAAGCUGACGAGCCUCAUCAGCGCCGACGUGUCGCGCAUUGACUUUUGCUGUGGCUAUUUCCAUUCACUAUGGACUAGCUUCAUCCAGAUUGCCCUCUGCCUCGGUCUGACCAUCUGGACAUUGGGGUACAGCGCUCUUCCUGGGUUCGGUUUAUUGGCGCUGCUGUACCCGGUGCAGACGUUCAUGAUGAAGAACUUGUUCCGCCUUCGUCGCAACAGUAUGCCGUGCACAGACAAGCGCAUCAAGGCUGUGGUCGAGGCUGUAUCAACAAUCCGACUUACCAAAGCAAACGCCUACGAGAAUAGCAUCCUCACCAAGAUUGGCGCUCUGCGGGCAGAUGAGGUCGUUUACAUCCGCAAGCGCAUGAUGCUUAGGGCACUAAACAUUGCCGUUACGUUCACUGCACCAACACUAGCCUCGGUCGUGAGCAUUUUGUGCUAUGCUGCCACGACUGGUAACGGGAUGAGUGCUAGCGUGGUCUUUUCAUCUCUGACCUUCUUCCUCUUGAUGCGGACACCACUUGGAUCGCUGCCCAUCGCCAUUUCAACUCUCGCGGACGCCCAGGCAGCUCUCGAGCGGCUGUCGGCAUUUUUGUUGGCAUCCGACAACGGCACGGCCCGUGAUGCGGCCCUUCGCAACGCUCUUGCGGAAAAGGGAAGGAACCUGAAAGACGGCAGGACCAUCAUCCAAUUGAAGGAUGCUAGUUUCUGGUACCACGACAGCGACCAGCUGCGCGCCAUAUGGGAAAGUGAGGCCAGCAUUGGCGAGAAAAAUCUCGUCCUGGGAGAAGCGAAGAAAGAGGCUGCAGGUCCAUCUAUGUCUUUGUACAUUGAUUCGCUUGAGGUGGAGAAGGGCCAAUUUAUGGCUAUUGUUGGGCCAGUUGCAGCCGGCAAAUCGUCCGUCUUGCGAGCCCUUCUGGGUGACAUGCACCUUUCCAAGGCUGAAUCUUGUGUCGUCAACGUCGAUACGUCCACCUCGUUGUCACCAGUGGCUUACGUCUCUCAGGAAGCUUGGCUUCUCAGCGAGACUGUGCGAGAAAACAUUGUGUUCGGGCGCCCUUUUGAUGCUUCCUGGUAUAGUGACGUGCUCAGUCGCUGUUGUCUUGAUGACGACCUCCGAAUGCUUAUCGACGGCGACAUGACCAUAAUUGGUGAAAAGGGUGUUUCGUUGUCCGGAGGCCAAAAGCAGAGGAUUUCUUUGGCUCGUGCCGUGUAUGGCCGCAGUCAUCUUCUUCUUCUCGACGAUUGUUUCUCGUCACUGGAUGCUCACGUUGGCAGCCGCGUAUUUGAAAACGUGGUCAACCAAACGCGUCACGCCAGAGAAUGUACGAUCGUCCUCGUUACACAUUCAAUGGUACUUGCUCGUCAAGCGGAUCACAUUGUCUACAUGGACAGUGGACGUAUUAUGGAACAGGGCUCAUUUUCCGAGCUCAUGAGGCGAGCGGGUCCAUUCGCCGAGUACAAUAGGUCUUCAACCGUGGCCCAAACGACCUACGCAGACACAUCACCGGUCAAGAAUGACGAUGGCAUGAGCAUCCAAACAUCUGAAAAGUCGAAGAUGCAUGUGGAAGGGAGAAAUGACAACAUCAAGAAUGGGGCCACUGCGCCCGCAGAGACAAUUGAACACAACCAGAAGGGGAGAGGUAGGGAGAUUAUGCGUCGCGAAGAGCGUCUCGUUGGCACAGUCAGUGGAAAGACGUAUUUGGACUACCUGAAAUUUGGCAACGCAUUGAUCACUGUGCCUCUGUUCAUUCUAGCCAUCGCCGUGUUUCAGGGCAGCAGUGUCGUCUCUACGCUGUGGCUCAGCUGGUGGCAAACGAAAAAAUAUCUCGACAUUAGCGAGGGUGGCUACAUGGCCGGCUAUGCUGCCUGGGGCAUCGGUCAGUCACUUGGCCUGUUUACCAUGAGCGCAGUAUUUGCCUUGUUUUGCUUUUGGUGCUCAAAUCACCUUCACGCGGCUUCACUUUUCGGCAUCAUGUAUGCGCCGGUUUCAUUUUUCGACACAACGCCGCAGGGAAGAAUCACUCACCGAUUUAGUAAGGAUACGGAUGCCAUGGACAACGUGGUCGGUGAGCAGUUGCGUAUCUUCAUUUCGACGUUGGUCCAGGUUGUCGGCACCGUGGUUGUCGUCAGCAUAAUCCUGCCCAUUUUCGUUGGGAUUGCCGCCGGUGUGCUUCUCAUCUAUACCUGGACGGGCAUGUACUACAGACCAUCGGCCCGUGAGCUGCGCCGCCUCAACAAUCUUCUCCGCAGCCGCAUCUAUGAGCACUUUACUGAGACCCUCUCUGGACUGCCCACACUGACAACUUUUGGGCGAGUCGGAGGAUUCGUCGCUGAUAACGCGCGCCGCAUUGACACCGAGAACACGGCAUAUUGGCUCUCAGUCGCUGCCGUCCGUUGGUUAAACAUACGGCUUGAUCUUUUGGGCGCCGUUUUGGUUCUGGGCACGGGCCUGCUGGCCAUUGGUUUGCGUGACCACAUUAACCCAUCGACUGGUGGCUUGGUGUUAUCAUACAUGGUAACGGCCCAGGCGGCGUUUGGGAACAUGAUCCGAUUCAGCGCAGAGAUUGAAAACAACAUGAACUCGAUCGAGCGCCUGCUUCAUUAUGCAAACGAAAUACCACAGGAGGCUACACAUGAUGUUCAAGACGUUGACACAGAACUUCGCAAACAGUCAUGGCCGAGUAGAGGACAUGUACAGUUUGAGUCACUUACGUUGAACCACCGCUCAGACCACGAUCCUGCGCUUCGAGAUGUGAGUUUGGAUAUCCAGCCAGGUUCACGCACCGGUAUUGUCGGGCGCACCGGGGCCGGGAAGAGUACUCUGAUCACUGCUCUCCUACGACUCGCGGAACCGACCAGUGGCCGUAUUCUUAUCGAUGGUGUUGAUAUACAAACAGUUGGCCUUCAUAUUCUUCGGUCUCAUAUAUCCGUUAUCAGUCAAGACGCGGUUCUCUUGGCCGGGACGAUUCGCUACAAUCUUGACCCAUUCCACGAGCAUGACGAUGUAUGGCUCACACAAUGUCUGCACAUGGUUGGACUUACUGCGCAGCAGCGUCUCAAAGAAAAUGAUACUCACUUGGCUGCAAACAUGUCCAGAGUCCACGCCGCUGCCGACAAUGGCAACAGCAGCGGCAAUUACGGCAAUACUGUCUCUGCCUCGGUCCUGCAUCUUGAUUCGGAGGUCGGGGAAAACGGGUCCAACAUCUCCCAUGGCCAGCGAUCCCUUAUCUCGAUUGCUCGUGCUCUCGUCCGCAAGGCUAAAAUAGUUGUCCUUGAUGAGGCAACUGCCUCCAUUGACGAACGUGCUGAUCGCCAGCUUCAGCGCAUAUUGAGCGAGUUUAUGAGCAAUUCGACCGUGCUCACUGUAGCCCAUCGUCUCGAUACUAUUAUCGGCUCUUGUGACCGGAUAGUGGUCAUGGAUUCAGGAACUGUAGCUGAGUUUGGCUCAGCAUCCGAGCUGUAUGCAAAGGCCGGUUUAUUCCGAGCACUCUGUGACGCCGCCAAAAUCUCGGUUAAGUGA